CCAGCGGCGCGCGCCCCACGGCGUCUGCGGGGCGGGGGCCGCGGCGCGCCGGCCAUGGAGGCCCUGCGGAGAGCCCACGAGGCCGCGCUGCGGCUGCUGCUGAGCCGGCCCUGGGCCGCGGGCGCCGCCUCCCGCCCGAAGCCCCGCGCCUCGGAGGUGCUGACGCAGCACCUGCUGCAGCGGCGCCUGCCGCACUGGACCUCCUUCUGCGUGCCCUACAGCGCCGUCCGCAACGACCAGUUCGGCCUCUCGCACUUCAACUGGCCGGUGCCGGGCGCCAACUACCACGUCCUGCGCACCGGCUGCUUCCCCUUCAUCAAGUAUCACUGCUCCAAGGCCCCCUGGCAGGACCUGGCCCGGCAGGACCGGUUCUUCACGGCGCUCAAGGUCGUCAACCUCGUGGAAGCUGACAUUUUACUGAUGGUUUAUCAGUCUGUGUAUCCUGCUGGGAAGUAGAUUGAGAUUUAAGAAAAGCAACUUACCAUUGGAAUGAAUGGGUAUUCCAACUUUAUUAUAUGGACUUGGCUCCUGGUUAUUUGCUAGAGUCACAGAGACUGUGCACACCAGAUAUGGACCAGUAACAGUUUAUUUUCUAAAUAAAGAAGAUGAAGGUGCCAUGUAUUAAAAGUGUACAUUGGAGAACAUAAAUAUUAGUGGAUUUUCUCUUGUGUGUAUGUGCAGUAUUUAUUUUUGAUCCUUUAAAAUAAAACUUUUGCAAAUACUU